AUGGUCGCAGUGGUGGUACCUACAUCAACCACUCAGUCAACCCAGUCAACACAGCCCGCUGGGCUAGCACCCUGCAAGCGGGCGGCUACUCAGAGUUCCAUCAGUGAGGAGGGUGCCACCUGGCAGAUGGCCCGCACCAGGCGACGCUCAGCUCGCACAGCAGUGUGGCAGCACAGUCAAGCAGCUAAAGAACAGUCUGACUCCAGCAUGCAGACAGCAGGUCUGGAGGCCUUCAACCUCAUCCCGCAGGUGGACUUCGGCAGCAGCUCAUCAAACUGCUGGGAUGACACUAACCCGGAGCAGCGAGAGGAGGAGAGGCCCCGGGUCAUGACAUAUGUACGCAAGGGCUCAAAGACAAGAGCACAGCAACACCGGUCUGUGCAAAGCAGGGAUUUGCUAUGGGUCAGUGUAAAUGGCUGCCACAUUCUCAAUGUGUACAGACAGCCUGAGACAGACGCAGUCAUGGACUAUCUGACCAAUCUGAGCCCACCAGCCCGCUGUCUGAUAGGUGGGGAUAUCAAUGUACGGCAUGAUGCCUUUGAACCAGGGGCAGUGAAUCUGCACCGAGGCGGGGAGCUUGUCCAAUGGGCCAGUGAACAUGGGAUGGACUUUGUGGGAGAGAUAGGGGUUCCGACUCAUGCAGCAGGUCAUGUGAUUGAUCUCACCUUCUCCAAUGUGGCCUUUGCUUCCACUACAGUGCGUCAAGAUCUACACUGCGGCUCAGAUCACCAGUCUAUGAUCACUAUGCUGCCAACAACACCUCAAACACAGCUGAGUGAUGCUCAGAUCAAGAUCACAGACUCUCAGCUGGAGCCCUUUGCAGAUCUUGUCAGAGGUCUCAUGGUGGACAUGCCUUGCCCAGAGGGGGUUGGAAAUGUGGCACAGCUUGAUGAUCUGGCCCAGCACUUCACUCAGAGUCUUCUGGCUGCGGCUCAGGCAGUCAGUAAGCCAGCUCAACAAGGGCGGACCACAGCCCCCUGGUGGACAGCAGACUGCCGAAGAGCGCACCGAGAGCUCACCACUCACCAGACAGAGGCCGCGAAGCACCAGUUCAAGGAUGCAGUGCGCAAGGCCAAGCGUGCAUACUGGAGGCAGGUGAUCAAUGAGGCCAGAGAUGGUAGAGACCUGUACCGGGUGGUGGCAUGGCAUAAGCUGGAACCCAACCUCAGAGCACACCCUCUGGUGAUUGGGGAUCAGGUCAUAGAAGAGACAGCCGCCAAAGCUGAGGCACUUCAACAAGCAAUUCUGAAGCGAUACAACUCAGCUGAUGAUCUGGAGUAUGACCCACUGGAUGAUGAGCACUGGAGCGGCAUGGGGAACCUGCCCUGGAACCCCCGGGUUGGGAUGGAGGAGGUGGAGCGCAACACCAUUGGGGUACAGAGCACCUCCCCAGGCACGGAUGGAAUCACAGUGCGGAUGCUCAAAGCAUGCUGGCAGCAUGUGUCCCUCUUUAUACAGCAGCUAUACAACUGCUGCCUCCGGCUCUGCCACUUCCCACGAGCCUGGAAACUGGCAGAGGUGGCAAUGAUACCCAAGGUGGGUAAGAGAGAUAGAAGCUCAGUCCGCUCCUGGAGGCCCAUUGCCCUGCUUUCAGUAAUCUCCAAAGGGCUGGAACGCAUCAUUGCAAGGCGACUGGCGUACACGGCACUCAUUCACGGCAUAGUCAGCCCACAGCAUGGGGGGGCGCUGCCCAGACGAUCUGCAAUGGACCUGGUAGCUGCUUUCACUCAUGAGGUGGUCAUCCCACACUAUUCAGAGGGAUGCAGAACAGACCUCACAGAGGGUGUAGAUAAAAAGAGUGCUGCUCAGAUAUUCAAAAAAUGGCGAAGAAAUCAACCCUCAACAGAUCUACAGCACAAUGUCGGCCUGAAAUGGGCUUCUGAGCAUAUGGAGAUAGAGGGCAAUGAGGAAGCAGACUGCUUGACUAAGCAGGCAGUCUCAUUCACUGUAGCCCCAGUCUAUGGUCUCGAGGCCACACCCACAGUCAGUGGGGUCCACACAGUGGCCAAGCAGCUCAGUCAAGAGGCAAGGCCCCUCCGGAGCUCACCAUGCUAUAACAUGCCCUUCACUGCUGGCUUGCACUCUGCUCCUCUCAUGGGGACUUCUCCUGGUACCACAGCAGUUCCACAAGGCCGGCCUGCUGAGUACACUCAUGGUAGCUAG